ACGAAAGUCAGAGCUACUCGGCAUCCCAUGCAGCAGGUGAUCUCGUGGUGCUUGGGAAGGAGCGCGCUACUGGCACAUCGCGACGAGAAAAGGUGAAACCUGCAGAAAAACCCCGUGACUUACAAACCUCGGUGAUAAAUACCAGGGCAGUAGCCAGCCUCCGUCACAGUGCGGGAGUACGAGAAUGCGCUUCGUAUGCACAGGGAAACUUUACGCAGCGCUUACCAGUGCCCGCUACCGAAACUCAGUUUGGAAAUAAAAGUAGAACACACAUUUGUAUCAUAAUAUAACACGCGCUUGUAACACAUACAUUUAAAACCAUAAAUUAACGUAGUUAGGCGACCGGUGACGCAACAGGCAGUUGGAAGUUUGCGCACUUUUUGUAAGUUGAAUGCUCCAGUUGCGCGUCUCAGAGAAAGGCGUAAUCGGAAUUGAGAAGGGAUAUCAGUUGAGUUGAUAGGAACGGCUCAGAAAUCGAGUCGAACCCAAGGCUGUGCUCAUCCUGCCCAAGCUCCAACCGUAGCCACCCCUGACCUGCGGAUUCGAGUGAAACGGGUGAGAAUUUCACGUUGAGAAACCAUGGAAACACGUAUGGGACCAAUGGGCAUGUUGCGGAGAACUAAGAACAACAUUCGGAAGGAAAAAGCUGUGCUUGCAUAGGCUCCCACGACAAAGAAGCUGACGUUCUCCUGUCCUCACUCGCUGCCCUCCUCCUCCUUCUCCAUCCCUGCCCCUCACCUCAUCAACUCAGUUACACUCCCCUGACAAUAUGGAGAUCUUAGACUUUGUGUCUCUUGCUGACAAACUCAACCACACAGCCUCCCCCGUAGUUGGCAGCUCUGUGGCCAAUGUCUCCACGAACGGAUCUGGCACGACUGUGCCCUUCCAGAGCAGCAGUACCAUGGUGACGGCGGUGAUCUCCUUCACCGUGUUCAUCCUGGGCCUGACGGGCAACACGCUGGCCAUCUACGUCAUCCUGCGCUACGCCAAGAUGAAGACCGUCACCAACCUGUACAUCCUCAACCUGGCGGUGGCCGAUGAGCUCUACAUCCUGGGCCUCCCCCUGAUCACCACGCAGAACGUGCUCUCCUAUUGGCCCUUCGGCUCCUUCCUCUGCCGCGUUGUCAUGACGGCCGACUCCAUCAACCAGUUCACCAGCAUCUUCUGCCUGACGGUCAUGAGCAUCGACCGCUACCUGGCCGUGGUCCGCCCCAUCCAGAGCGUCCGCUGGCGACGGCCACGGGUCGCCAAGUUCAUCAACGCCCUGGUGUGGACGCUGUCCAUCGUGGCCAUGCUGCCCGUCAUCAUCUUCUUAAAAGUUCAGGAUGAGCUGAACACCUGCAACUUAAGCUGGCCAGAGCCUCAGGAGAUCUGGUCCAUGGCCUUCAUCCUCUACACGGCCACCUUGGGGUUCUUCUGCCCCCUGCUGGUCAUCUGCAUGUGUUACCUGCUGAUCGUGUUCAAGGUGAAGUCGGCGCGGGUGCGGGCCGGCUUCACCACGCGCCGGCGGUCAGAGAGGAAGGUGACGCGCAUGGUGGUGAUCAUGGUGGUGGUCUUCGUCCUCUGCUGGCUGCCCUUCUUCUUCAUCAACAUGGUGAACCUGGUCUCCAUCCUGCCAGAGAACAACGUGACGGCCGGCGUCUACUUCUUCUCCGUCAUCCUCACCUACGUCAACAGCUGCGCCAACCCGCUGCUGUACGGCUUCCUGUCCGAGAACUUCAAGCAGAGCUUCCGCAGGGCGCUGUGCAUCAACAGGACCGGCAGGCCGGAGAACGGGAACGCCACCACGCAGCAGACCAAGGAGACCAACACCAUCGUUCCCUUAAGGAACCACGACUUAAAAAACCACGUGCAGAACAGCCAGGUGCAGGGACCAUCUGAGGAACCACUGGCUAUUGACCAGUCAAAGUUAUGAGCUGCGCAGCCCAGAAGCAUCCUUCACCGGCUUGCCAACCUGACCUCUGACCUUAAACAAUGGUAAGCAGGAAGUGAAGACACUGAUCCACUUCCUGUAGGUUGCUGAGGUCUGCACAGACCCCUUUCCCCCCGGUGUUCAUUCACAAAUAACUUUGCUGUGAUGCCCCCCUGGCAGUGAUGUCUGCGAAAUGAGGAAGAAUUAGACGGACUUUGCGCCAAUCUUCAAACGAAUGGAACAGAUAAAAAUGUGUUUGUAGAUAUCUCUCAAAUGUGCGUGGAUAUCUUCAUAUACAGUACAUAUGCGAUUCAGAGAAGACACACUCACAGACACAAAUUUUGGUUUGCAUCUGGUAUGCAUGAUUCUCUCAAAAUGAACGAUGGUGUAAAAGUCACAGACUGAUUGUUGUUUCUGCUCAUGUGAGUGUGAAUUACGUUACAUCAUCUUUAUUUUCCUGACUUUGCGGCCUUUAUAAACAUCAUCAUGAAGCUCCCUGCCCCUUCUCAAACAAAAUUUUAAUUUGAAAGACCCCGCAAUGUGGCGACACCCAUCGUCCCAAACCCUAAUGUAACAACGCAAAAUCACAUCCAUUGAGACCUUAGCAGACAGUGCCUUUUCUGUUGUUUCGGUGAAGUUUCUGGUCCAUUCUUGUCUUUUAUUUCUGGCAGUUACUGUACAUUCAAUGAAUGAAAGAAACUGCAGGUCUCACUGCGGUGUUUGGAACUGCACGUCUCACUGCGGUGUUUGAAACUGCACGUCUCGCUGCGGUGUUUGGAAGUGCACAUCUCACUGCGGUGUUUGGAAGUGCACAUCUCACUGCGGUGUUUGGAAGUGCACGUCUCGCUGCGGUGUUUGGAAGUGCACGUCUCACUGCGGUGUUUGGAAGUGCACGUCUCGCUGCGGUGUUUGGAAGUGCACGUCUCACUGCGGUGUUUGGAGUCCCUGAGGUUAAAGCCGUGUGUCGCACCCCGUUUGUUCCUCGCCGAUGUUCACAGAACUUUUGCGCCUCGGUGCCCGCUGAGAGCCGUUAGCUGAGACGGCUACACCCGCGGCUCUGCUCAGGCUGCCCUCAUGGCCUGGCCGGUCCUGGCCGCUCUGUUAGACUGCCCUCGUGGCCUGGCCGGUCUGUCAGACUGCCCUCAUGGCCUGGCCGGUCCUGGCCGCUCUGUUAGACUGCCCUCGUGGCCUGGCCGGUCUGUCAGACUGCCCUCAUGGCCUGGCCGGUCUGUCAGACUGCCCUCAUGGCCUGGCCGGUCUGUCAGACUGCCCUCAUGGCCUGGCCGGUCUGUCAGACUGACCUCACGGCCUGGCCGGUCCUGGCCGGUCUGUCAGACUGCCCUCAUGGCCUGGCCGGUCUGUCAGACUGACCUCGUGGCCUGGCCGGUCUGCUCAGACUGCCCUCGCGGCCUGGCCGCUUGUCGCCGUGAGGUCCUUGUUCUCUCUCUCACGUGCACAUUUUCUUCCCCAAGGACUUGGCCCGCUAAGGAUGGUCACAGAGACCUGUAGGGACAGGGCUGGUUCCUGCCCUACACAGGAUCAGACUUUCUAACAUUCCCCCCCCCAUACGUGGCAUCGCUCUCCUAACAUUUUCAAUGCUCUGUUGUUCUUUGACUUUACAAUGUUACAUGUACCGCCUGUUCUGAUGUUCUCCUCCUCGUUUGGAAUGCGUGCAUUCAUAAGGAGCAGACAUUAUGAACAGGUUAUGAAAUGCAUUUAUUCACACCGUUGUUGCAGUCAGUCGGCUGUGUUAAGUGGUGGCGUUAUUGUUUUUCCUUUCUGUUGGAAUUAUUUCAAAAUAACACAGUUUUGUGUCUUAGUUAUGUGAAUAUAAUGGGCCUUCUGUUUUUUUGUUUUGUUUUUUUAGUUAAAUUCGUUUUGUCUUGUCAAGCAUGUAUCGUGUGGGGAGAUGGACAAAGGACAGAAAUGUGAAGUUCAAAAGGCCACGAUUGUUUUCUUCUACUAAAAUUGUGUGGAAUGUUCUUUGUGCAGAGAACUUUUUGAAUCCAUAAAUCUUCUGGCACAAAUGGUCACAUGCCUCUUUGUGAUGUGUGUGGCUACUGUGUUCUGUGUGUUUGUGGUUUAUGUGGAAAUUGUAAUAAAUGAAACCCACUCUGAAUUAAGUCGUGCUACAGUUGGGUAAAUCCACAUCCCACUUCUCCUAAUGAAUUUUAAUAUGUGUGGGGACUUGGAGUUGCCCGGUGUUCGCUCUUGGUCUUGCAUAUGUAAAUACUUUGAACAAGUGAGGCAAGUGUUGCUGUAUUUUUUUUACUUCUGUGGCAGAAUGUGUAUUUGUUUGUGUGUAUGUACAGUAUGUGUUUUGCGACAACCAACUUGUAGUAUAUGUUAGCAUGUAUAUGUGUGGAGAGAGUGUGUUAGCGGUUACGAAUAGGAUUCCAGAUUCAUACAUAAAUUUCAGUUACAGGGUGGAUUGCAGGGAUACCUUUGGCAAAUAUCUUUGGCGAAAGAUUUUGUUCUGCUUCAGUUUGAAUAAAAUUGUAAUGGACUAAAAAAUCACUGAGCAAAAUUCUCUCUGCUUUUAACAGUGGGUCUAAUUUUCUGCAAAUUAUAUGCAGUGCACAGAUGGGAGGCACGAGACAUGAGUUUUCAUUUCUUUUGAGGUCAUCUGAGAGAGUUUAAUAAAGCUUUUAAGAAUAAAUUUUGCAAUUUGGCAAUUUGAUCUGUAAUACACAUCUCCCUUCCCAGUAGUUAAAAUGAAACAUUAAAGAAUGUUCCUCAACAGAAAAUUUAUUAACUGAUCUGUCAAAAUUUAUCUGGAAACCAUAGAAACAAAUUUCCAA